AUGGAUCAAAUGGAAUCAAAGGUAGGUGAUACACAUGAUGACCAUGACAGCGAUUUGGAGUAUGAUCAACUUGUGGAUAACGUGUGGAAAAGAAAUGAAGAGUGCAAGAAGCGAAGCUUUAAACAGUUAGUGUCUAUGAUGUCUUCCCAGUGUGAAAGCGAUGCCGAGCUAUCUGAAGAGUUAAACAACCGCAAAAAUGCUGACCAAGUAAUCCAACCACCUCAACCACCAGUGACGGCUGGUAAUACCAAAUCUAGUGAAAUAGUUAUAUGCGACAGUGAAGAAGAGGAAAUUUUAGACCCAAACUAUCACCCUUCCCUGGACUCCGAAUCAGAGUGUAGCACUGGAAGCUUGUCAGAUAACUGCUCGUUGCAAGAAAGGGAUGACAUUUUAACUGAUUUCGUGGAAAACGUAGAUAAUCUCGAUUUUCUUCGUGUGGAACCAGAAUGGAAGAGCGUGGUUGAUGUUGUUUUUGAAAGAAAAAAGAACGCUGGUAAUACUGACUCCCAAAGCAAUCUUUCACAAGGUAAAGUGCCUAAGGAAGUUAUGAAUGAUGAUGAAUCAUCAGUAUACGAUAGCGAUGAUGAUGAUAAUGACGACUGUCUUGAAGAGAUGGAAGAUGAUGUCAGUUUUGAAGACAAUGAUAGUAGUGAUGACAGCCCACUGCUUAACGAGUUUCAUUCCUGGUUGAUAGACGUAGACGGGGGUUAUCGCUGCGCAAAAGUGGCUGGUCAGUACAAGUCACAGGUAAAACGCAUCAUGAAAGUUCUUUCAGAAGAUUUCCCUCAAGCAGCAAAUGAAAUAGAUCUUGUUACUGUCGAGGGGCAUGACGGAGUGGUAAUGUUGAGGAAGUGGUUGGGUCAACUAUCUGAGGAGUAUCAACCUGGAACCAUUAGAUCAUACCUAAUGAGCCUUAGGCUAUUCCUUAAAUUCCUUGUGCAAGAAGAGAAAGGGCAAGAUAGAUUAGACACACUUCAUGCAAGGAGAGAUCUUUUAACUUCGUGGUCAUCUGCUCAAAGAAAGAAGGUGCUGAAAAGGAAAUUAGAGAAACAUGACAUGGACUUUGCAAAACUCCUUUCUAGCGAAGAUCUAUAUAAAGUGUCAAAUGGACAACAGCGAAUAAACAUAAUUAAAGCGCUUGGAACAGCUGCGGAGAAAAGCAAAGCUUGUGGAGAACCUGUGCUGGUCAACGAUCAGACCUUUUGCGAAGUAAGGGAUUGGCUGAUUACAAGAUUAAUAAUUGACAACUCCGGAAGAAGUGGUAUUGCAGCAAAUAUAACAGUGGAGGAAUUCAAAGAUGCUAAACUGUACGCUGGAGAAGAAGAUGGAGAGAGAUACCGCGUAUCAGUUAAGAAUCACAAGACAGGAGGUGUUUAUGGGGCAGCCAUUGUAUGGUUUCAUGCUGAUGUUUACAAUCUGGUGAAUACGUAUAUCUCAAGGGUGAGGCCUAAGUACGUCAAAGAUGCCACAGAUAACAUGUUCGUUUCAACCAAUGGCGUUAAACUUACUUCAUCGCAAGUAUCCACGUGUCUGACUCGUACAUUUCAAAGGGAGGGUGUGAAGUUUCACGGUCGCAUCUCCGCAACCUUGAUAAGAAAAUCUCUGGCAUCAGGAGUGCAUGUCCAUUUGCCUGAAGAUCAAGAACAACUGGCUGCCCUUGCACAGCACAAACCUCAAACACAAGCUCAAUAUUACCGCAUCAAUGACAAAGUUAGAGAAACAGAUAUUGGGCGUCGUGCUGUCAGAAAAUUUAUCACCAUGAACUGCGCAAAGACAGAGGUAAGUACUCUUAUAAUGCAUACCAAUCGUAGUAAUUUGAAUAACAAUUGGCAUACGAAUUCUGAUUUCUUUUAGGUAUCAAUAAUUCCUGUCGAGUGGACCGAGGAAGAGACCUCAAAACUUCAAGAUUUAUUCAAGUCUGAAAUUGAGACUGGUAACAUAACUGAAAACAUUGUCAGAGAUAAACUUGGUGCUUCCAACCUGUUGGAAACACACUCCAUGAAGGCAAUUGUGUUGAAAGUGAGAAGGCUUCGAUCAGAAUUUACCAAAAACUUAGAACCACCAACUGAAGUUGAGUCUCCUGAACAGAAGAUAGAACGGUUUAUGUCUUCCAGAGCUCCAUCCAUCGCAUCUGAAUCUGCAAAGCCAUCAUGGAGUAAGUUCACCGAUGAACAAACAGACCAUCUCCUAUCGUUAACUCAGGAUAUGAUUGAAAACAACGCAGUAAAAAGAGAGGUCGUUUGGGAACGGGUGAUAAAUGAUGAGAAAGCAUGGAAAACCGGGUUGGUCUUCGGAACCGAUGAUGAGGAGCUUCUUUUGAGGCAAAAACAACGUUUGGCGGACAAGGUACGAAAAGAAGUCAAACGUCAAAAGAUGAAGAGAAAGUAGUAGUUUGAUCCUGUGGUUCUUGCAUUAUAUUUGAACAUUAGUUGACAUUGAACAUUUCUUGUCUUUAUGUAUUCAGGGUUACAACAUAAUUGAGUCCUAUAUUGUUAACAUGUUAUUUUCUUUAACCGUUUGCCAGUCAUUUUAUGGUUGAUCGUUUUAUUUCAAGUAAGUCAAUAUUCCCUAAAAAGGCCGAUUUACACAAUGCAAUUUCUUCGUGUGUUAAGGUUCGAACGACAAGUCAUAGGGUCGUGUACGACCUGACGAAUGACCGUUUAUAUGGUAUGAUUCGGGUCACAUGCAUCAAGUCAUAUACUACAAUCGCAUCGUGGAAAUCGGCCUUAAGAGUCAUAUACUACAAUCGCAUCGUGGAAAUCGGCC